AUGGCAGUGCCCAGAUGCACGUGGCCAGAUUAUGUUUGGAGAGCAGUCAUGGCCUGCUUGGUACACAGGGGGUUGGGUGCCUCAUUGACUCUGUGUGUGUUAAGCUGUUUGCUUCACGCUGCCCAUGUGCUCACACAAAAAUUGGAUGAUGCAGACCCACUGGUGACUACCAACUUUGGCAAAAUAAGAGGGAUCAAGAAAGAACUCAAUAAUGAAAUUUUGGGUCCUGUUAUUCAGUUUCUUGGUGUUCCAUAUGCAGCCCCACCAACAGGGGAACAUCGUUUUCAGCCUCCAGAACCACCAUCUCCUUGGUCAGACAUCAGGAAUGCUACUCAGUUUGCUCCUGUCUGCCCCCAGAAUAUCAUUGAUGGCAGAUUGCCGGAAGUCAUGCUUCCUGUGUGGUUUACUAAUAACUUGGAUGUGGUUUCAUCAUAUGUACAAGACCAGAGUGAAGAUUGCCUGUAUUUAAACAUAUACGUCCCAACUGAGGAUGUAAAAAGAAUAUCCAAGGAAUGUGCCAGAAAACCCGGCAAGAAAAUAUGUAGAAAAGGAGGUCCCCUUACAAAGAAACAGACAGAUGAUUUAGGUGAUAAUGACGGUGCUGAAGAUGAAGAUAUUCGGGACAGUGGUGGUCCCAAACCAGUGAUGGUAUACAUCCAUGGUGGCUCAUAUAUGGAAGGGACUGGAAAUUUAUAUGAUGGGAGUGUCUUGGCAAGUUAUGGCAAUGUGAUCGUCAUCACAGUCAACUAUCGACUUGGGGUACUCGGUUUCUUGAGCACAGGGGAUCAGGCUGCAAAAGGAAACUAUGGACUCCUUGAUCUCAUACAGGCUUUAAGAUGGACUAGUGAGAAUAUUGGAUUCUUUGGUGGUGACCCCUUAAGAAUCACUGUUUUUGGAUCUGGCGCUGGGGGUUCAUGUGUCAAUCUGCUGACUUUAUCCCAUUAUUCUGAAGGUAACCGUUGGAGCAAUUCAACCAAAGGACUCUUUCAACGAGCAAUAGCUCAAAGUGGAACAGCCCUUUCCAGCUGGGCUGUUAGUUUCCAACCUGCAAAAUAUGCUAGAAUGUUGGCCACAAAAGUUGGUUGCAAUGUUUCAGAUACAGUAGAGUUAGUGGAAUGCCUGCAGAAGAAGCCUUACAAAGAACUUGUUGACCAAGAUAUUCAACCAGCACGAUACCACAUAGCCUUUGGACCUGUGAUUGAUGGUGAUGUGAUACCAGAUGACCCUCAGAUACUGAUGGAGCAAGGAGAGUUUCUCAACUAUGAUAUAAUGUUAGGAGUUAACCAAGGGGAAGGAUUAAAAUUUGUUGAAAAUAUAGUAGAUAGUGAUGAUGGUAUAUCUGCUAGUGAUUUUGACUUUGCUGUUUCUAAUUUUGUUGAUAACUUAUAUGGAUAUCCUGAAGGCAAAGAUGUUUUGAGAGAAACCAUUAAAUUCAUGUAUACUGACUGGGCUGACCGUCAUAACCCUGAAACCAGAAGGAAGACGUUAUUAGCUUUGUUUACGGACCAUCAGUGGGUGGCACCAGCUGUAGCUACAGCAGAUCUUCACUCAAAUUUUGGUUCACCCACCUAUUUCUAUGCCUUUUACCAUCAUUGCCAAACAGAUCAGGUUCCAGCUUGGGCUGAUGCAGCUCAUGGAGAUGAGGUUCCCUAUGUACUAGGAAUACCCAUGAUUGGACCUACAGAGUUAUUUCCUUGCAAUUUCUCCAAAAAUGAUGUGAUGCUGAGUGCUGUCGUAAUGACAUACUGGACAAAUUUUGCUAAAACUGGUGACCCAAAUCAACCAGUCCCUCAAGACACAAAAUUCAUCCAUACCAAACCCAAUCGCUUUGAAGAAGUAGCAUGGACCAGAUAUUCCCAGAAAGACCAACUUUAUCUCCAUAUUGGAUUAAAACCAAGAGUUAAAGAACAUUACAGAGCCAAUAAGGUAAACCUCUGGUUGGAGCUGGUACCUCAUCUGCAUAAUCUCAAUGACAUUUCUCAGUAUACCUCGACAACAACUAAAGUGCCAUCAACUGACAUCACUUUCAGACCUACAAGAAAAAAUUCCGUACCUGUCACAUCAGCCUUUCCCACUGCCAAGCAGGAUGAUCCCAAACAACAGCCAAGUCCAUUUUCAGUGGAUCAAAGGGACUACUCAACAGAGCUGAGCGUCACUAUCGCCGUUGGAGCAUCACUGCUGUUUCUGAACAUCUUGGCCUUUGCAGCCCUGUACUACAAAAAGGAUAAGAGGAGACAUGACGUUCACAGGAGAUGCAGCCCUCAGCGCACGACUACCAAUGAUCUGACCCACGCACAAGAAGAGGAGAUCAUGUCCCUGCAAAUGAAGCACACUGAUUUGGAUCAUGAGUGUGAGUCCAUCCAUCCACACGAGGUGGUUCUCCGGACCGCCUGCCCCCCAGAUUACACACUAGCUAUGAGGAGGUCACCUGAUGAUGUUCCCUUAAUGACACCCAACACCAUCACAAUGAUUCCCAACACUAUACCAGGGAUUCAACCCUUACACACAUUCAAUACAUUUACUGGAGGACAGAACAAUACUCUGCCCCAUCCCCACCCCCACCCCCAUUCACAUUCAACAACCAGGGUAUAG